AAACACUGACCUGCUAGUCGCUGCCGACCAUCGCCCAGAGCCCCUUUGUUCGUCCACGUUGCCGUACUGCCGUAAGCAGACCGCGUACUAUCCCAACUCGAGCGGGCAGGCUGUGACAAUAUGUUGAUGGACUUGAUCAUCUCGAUGCACUGUUCUCGAAGUCAAAACUUCGCGUAAACGCCGCCUCGAGGCAGAACUGUAUCCUCCUUCGGAGAGAAACAACCAAACGUACGGAAUGUACCGUCUGAUCCAUUCUAGUGCCUCGUGUGUAAGCUGUCCGUGGCAUGCGCAUGCAGUCUUAUAUGGACGACACGGCACCCGCUCUCGCUCCGUCUCGUAUUCUCCGGAAGAGCUCCGAUCCCGUCUGGCUCUCCUGGUCUCUCGUACUUGCCUCCGCGGGUUGUUUGGUGGUGCUGGAGGAUGGCAGAAGCGGGACACGGUCGACAAUCUACUCUUGUGCCUAUGCCGCUACUCGAUGCUGCAGCGCGCGCCGACGUCGACGCAGUUAGGGCGGCCAUUCAGUCCGGCGCGGAUGUGAACGCGUUGGAUCCCGAAGGAUGGACCUCUGUUGCGUGCGCGAUUGCGGGGAGGAGCUGGGAGAACGUCGAUGUGUCGGACGCGUCGUUCAAGCUGGAGGAACGCGUCGAGAUUCUCCAGAUGUUGUUGGACCACGAGGACAUCUCCUUGUUUACUCUGAACUCGCCUGUGCUCGGGGUUUCCCCCCUCUGUCUUGCAGCCUGGCUGGACAUACCGCAGAUGGUACGACUCCUCCUGGAGGGUAGCCGUGGCAUGAUUCCAGUCAACGGCAUGGACAACUUUGGGGCCACGCCGUUAAUGUAUGCUGCGAGGGAUCAUAGCAUUGAGGUCGUCGAGUACUUGCUUGCCAAUAGUGCUAGACCCGACUAUCGAGAUAUCAACCACCGAUCUUCAAUACAACAUGCCCUACGACACCCACACAUCCUCUGGUGCUGCGAGCACUCCUUGCGGCGUUAUCGAAUCCAGGAGGACAUGUUCAUAAACACUAAACACCUCGCGAUCCUACCCCCGCCGUUCAUUGACCGUCUAAUCGCCACUCCCGCCACGCCGAAGACAUUUUGCUUGCCGAUGCACUCGUUACGACACUAUUCCCAGCGCACUGAAUUUCUGGUGCAGGCUGUCAUCGUUGGCGAUUUCGCCCGUCUCCACACCAUGCUCUUUUCCCAUGCCCAGUGCCUCACCCUUGGAUCGGAUCCGACGCUGCCACAGUAUCUAGUGAACCUCCCUGACGCAACCGGAUGGAGUCCCAUCCACUACUGUGUCUCCGUGGAACAUCCGUCUGUUGAGGUUUUAGACAUCCUUUAUCGCGCGGGCGCAGACGUCAACCUGUACACGACGUCUGGGCACGAGACCCCUCUACAUUGUCUUGCCUACAAAGCGCGGCCGCCCAAGACGCCGGACCAAAUUGCGUCUCUACGAUCGUUCAUCCUCCAUCUUGUCCGCGAUCUCCAUGCGCCACUAUCUGCCAGAGAUCACAACAUGGACACUUGUCUGCACGUUGCAGCUGAGCACGGACGAAGUAUCGAACUCGUGACGGCGCUACUAGCUGCUGAUUCCGCGGGCACGCUUCGCGAUUUACGCAACACACGAGGACUCACAGCACUAGACGUCGCGAAGCCCGACAUGCGCGUUGCUUUUGGCUUUGACGAAGAGAACGCCCGACCAGUGUCGUCUGCUUCUAUGCGUACUGUAAGGCCGUCUACAUCGGAUUCGGUGAAGUCGAUGCCUCCCUUAACAAUCCGAACGACGGAUCCCACGUUCGGCCAAGAUCUCCCGCUUCCGGCCCAUGUGCCGCUGCCAGAGGCCGACUGGAUUGCCCUGUCCUACACCGUUCUCGAUUGUCUGCAGUCAAUGUCAACAGACGCGGUCGGCGCAAGUUCCCUUGACUUGACCGCACGCGCCGGUAUGUUGCAAGAGGUCACAGUCAUGCGCGAUACUCUGCUUGGGUCACUUCGGAUACGCGUCCGGGAGACAAUCGAGGAGCUGCACGAUGCCCGCCGGGCCUUUCAGCAAGCUUUCGGCCUAUACAGGGGCGUCCACAAGGCUUCCGAGCGGCUCAUCGGCGACGGCGUGCAGGACGCGAGACCCAGUCAGGACUCGGACCAUAUCAGGAGGCGGACGACCGAUUCCAAUGACUCCGAACUCACCGCUGUCUCAGAAGCCAGCUAUGUCUUGAUCAACCGGAAGGCGCGUUCAAUGUCAGACCUUAGAGCCUCGCAGCAGGCGCACGCGCUCAAGAUACCCAUUCCUAUGAUACCCCGACUACCUCCGACCAGCCCUAGACGCAGCACCACAGUGAAGUACCAUCCCGCCACACCAAGUCGCACCGGAACUGCCAGCGCAACGGGGCGAAGUGGGCGGAGCGGAUCGUGCACCGUACCGACGGGCACUCCGAAGGAACCCCCGCGCAAGCGGAGUACCACCGUCGGCGAGUCCAACCUCGCGCGUAUACCUACGUCUCCGAGCAAGGUGUCUUUGACGAGUAGCACGGCGAAGGUCAAGGCGUGGCUGAUCAACAAGAUCAGACCAGGCACCCCGCGUCCGGAUGCUAUCCCCGAGGACGGUCGUCUUUCCAGGUCCUCUCGCGUCGAUCACGAUGAUGGAUCGAGCUCGGACGGCGAUGACUCCGAUACCGAGUCUGACAGGAUCAGGCGCGUCCUCGCCUGCCAGAAGGGUCUUACCGCGGCACGACGAGAUCUGCAUCGUAUCGAAGGUCGUCUGGAGGCGGCAGAGCAGUUCCUCGUGAAUGCUAAUCGCUCGAUCUCGAAAGCGGAACAGAGGAUCAACAAAGCGAUCUCCGUGAGAAAGGCCUCUCUCGAUUCUGACCGGCUGUCUUCUGAGGCUACUCCCUUCGCGUUCCAGUCGUUCCUCGAUUUCCCUUCUGCAGACUCUACGGGAGACGGCGCUGGGAAACCCCUUUCUCGCCCUCCGUCCUCGCGCCCACGAUCGCAGUCUGAUACAUCCGUCAUGUCUACCUCUUCGGCCUCGUCGACGCUAGUCGAGGGCGAGGAUGAAGAUGUUCGCAAUCUGCGAAGACUCCUCACUCGAAAGGUAGCGUCGUUCAUGGAGGGAGCGGACGAAGAGGUCGACAAGGCCGUGCUGUGGCUGCGCAUCGUGAAGGAAGUGCUCCUUGAACUUGGUAAACGGACCUGAUUGGCCGGACUGGAAGGAUAUUGCUUUGGAACUGAAUUGUCGGACGUGCUAACUGUCGCAAUCGUUGCUAUACCACAGCUGUGUUUAUAUCUGUAGCCAUAAUGUAGAUAUGUAUCCUUAUGUACAUAUGUGCAUGUCACUGUAGUUCGUCGUGUUGUCUGUAUGUAUUCGGCGUAUAUGGCAGUUCAUCGACUCGUGUAUCUUGUCGAACUCCGCGCCGCCCCAAUGCAAUCUCAAUGUCUUGAGGUCGCGCUGUGUCUAUUACGAGGUAAGAUGACCUAUAUAGAUGAGGUUCAUACCGCGCAUCUAAGACUCAAAUAUUGGUCUUUGCACAGCAAGUACUCCAGGCAGGCCACUCGAACUUGAACUGCCAAUAAGAUCCGCUUCUCUGGGGCUGAAAGAAAAAGGCAUUGACUCUGUACACUUAGGAUCGAGCAGUCCGGGGUGCUGGUAGGUGCUGGUGGAAGCCUG